UUUACCUUUCUUUAAAUACUAUAAAUUAUUUGCGAAAGGAAAAAAGGAAAAGAAAAAAGUCUUCCAUAGAUUUUGUUGAUUUCCAGAACAAGAGAUCAUCCAAAACUACGAUUGAUGAUUUCCAGAACAAGAGAUCAUCCAAAACUACGAUCUUACUUUCUGUCAAUCUCUCUCCGUUUUGAUGAUUGUGAUGUUGAUGCUGACCAGAAAGAUUUAAAAGUAGCAGCUUUCCUCUUUAUGGAUUAUUCUCAGCUCAAGUAAAGAGCUUGUUUUACAGUUCAAAAUUUCUUAUCAUAGUAGCUUGAAUUUUUACUGUCUCUCUCUCUUCCUACUUUUCCUUUGUGAAUUGUGAUUCUCUUUAUCAACCAUCUCAAAAUUAUGGCACCAUUAAUAAAGCCAUGUAUACCUUUCUAAUUAAAGAAUCGAUUGGAUUCAAUCAUUUCUUAUUGUUACUGUUAACUAUUUAUGUGUUGGGUCCUAUAAUCAAAAACGCAUAUGAGUUUCAGAGGAGCCUUGUUGACGCUGCUCUUGUUGAUGAUGGUGAUGGUAGUGGUGGAUGGGAUUGGAGGAAACUGGGGAAUGCUGGCAACGCACCCUCUGCCGCCAUCAACUGUGGUGAAGAUGCUGCAGGACAAUGGAAUCAAAAAGGUUAAGCUUUUUGAUGCGGAUUCAGCCAGUUUGACUGCUCUCAGCAAUUCUGGGAUUCAGGUUAUGGUUGGCAUCCCCAAUGACAUGCUCUCUACUCUUGCGAGUAGUGUGGAAGCUGCUGAAAAUUGGGUUGCCAUGAAUAUCUCGGCCCAUAUCUCCUCCAAUCGUGUUGACAUCAGAUGUGUUGCAGUUGGGAACGAGCCAUUCCUAUCCACAUAUAAUGGAAGCUUCGAAGGAACAACUCUUCCUGCUCUUCAAAAUAUCCAGGCGGCUCUUAUAAAAGCUGGUUUAAGCACUCAAGUAAAAGUCACUGUCCCUCUCAAUGCUGAUGUAUACCAAAGUGCUUCAAAUCUUCCUUCUGAUGGUCACUUCCGGCAAGAUAUCCAUGAUCUUAUGCUAUCGAUCAUUAAGUUCUUAAAUGACAAUGGAGGUUCCUUCACUGUCAACAUCUAUCCCUUUAUAAGCCUCUACAAGGACCCCAAUUUCCCCAUUGACUACGCCUUCUUUGAUGGCUAUUCAAAUCCCAUAAAUGAUGGUGGAAGAAUAUAUGACAACGUGUUUGAUGCAAACUUUGAUACUCUUGUUUGGGCCUUACAGAAAAAUGGAUAUGGAAACUUGUCUAUAGUUGUUGGGGAGAUUGGAUGGCCUACUGAUGGAGACCACAAUGCAAAUUUGAAGUAUGCCCAAAAGUUCAACCAGGGGUUUAUGUCUCGCUACACUGCUGGCAAAGGAACCCCAAUGAAAGCUGGCCCUCUGGAUGCUUACUUAUUUAGCCUUAUAGAUGAAGAUGCUAAAAGUGUCCAGCCGGGUAAUUUUGAGCGGCAUUGGGGUUUGUUUUACUUCGAUGGACAGCCCAAGUAUCAGCUUAACCUUGGGGUGACAAACUCCAGUGGUUUGGUAGCAGCAAAGAAUGUACAUUAUUUGGCUCAGAAAUGGUGUGUGAUGUCUACAACGGCAAGCCUUGAUGACCCACGAGUGCCACCUAGUGUGAGCUAUGCUUGUGGGCAUGCAGACUGCACUAGCCUUGGCUAUGGGUCUUCAUGUGGAAAUUUAGAUGGACGCGGAAAUGCUUCCUAUUCAUUUAACAGUUACUACCAGCAGAAUAACCAGCUAGACAGUGCUUGCAGAUUCCCAAAUCUUUCAGUUGUGACAGAGAAUGACCCCUCUGUCAGGGAUUGCAAUUUUAGGAUCAUGAUCGACCUUACAGGUGCAGGAGUAGUAGGUGCUGGUUCUUCAUGCAAGCCUUUCGGUGUGGUGGUAUCUUUGUUUAUGUUUCUACUUGCACUUACAUGACUUCCAGGUGUUCCUUUGGAUUGGAUUGUGUGCAUUUUUUCAGUUCCUAUAUAUAGAGAACAUAUUGAGCAUUUA